AUGGCCCUGUCACAGCUCGUUCUGGUGCUCGUAUUGGGCUGCACAGCUCUCACGGCGGCCCAGAGCUACAAGGAGCUCAAGUUGCAGUUCGUGGAGCUUGGGGCGCCAAGCACCCAGGGGGACGACGGCACUGGCUUUGGAAACACGCAGUUCUUCAGGAACCCGAUUGCUGACUACAACACGGACGCAAUCCUUGGAUACAAUUCGGGCUUCUGCGGCUCGCUGAAGGACACACCAAGCGCUAUCUCAGUUGUUGGUGGGAGUGGCAUCUACUCCGGUGCGACCGGCGUCUGCCAAUUCAGCACUUUGAGCAACGAUGGGGCGAACAACAACGUUUUCGCUUACAACUGCGAGUUCUUCGUUGUUUCUACGCCUCUCAGCCCGGCAACUCUGGGCCCCAGAGUUGGAGUGGCCCCGGUCAACGGUGUCUGCAAUCCAGGCUCCAGUAACCCCAACCAGUGCUUUGCUGCUGACGGCAUGUCCUCUAUCUGCUGCCCUGGCAACUGCCCCGGUUCGCCCACCAAUACUGCGGCCUGCGCUUAAUCGUGUAGUUUUGACAGGGUGAGAACAUGACUGGUCAACAGUCAGCAAAUGAAC